AUGGCCGCCUCCUCCUCAUCGACCGCUGGUGAACCUCCGCCCACAACCUCGACAAUCCCUCGAUUACCCUCGGCGGUGUCUAUCAACGAGAUGCAUCGUCCGAGAAAGCUGCGUCUGCUGGUUGCCGCCAAUGGCCUCAAGGACGUGGCAUAUGCCCAGGCUGUCGCAGUUCGGUUGUCGAAGGAGCCGCAGAUCGUCACUCGUGCUAUCGUCGACGAUAUGACCCAUCGCCUUGCACAGGAGAUUGUCUGCCACCAGAACAAGUCUCUGAGAAGGGGUUGUAAUGGGGAGUCGCCACCUUCGUCGAAGGAGCUCGAGUCCUUGCAGCAUCAGGCAUACGAGCUGGUCGAAUGGGCUGAUCUAAUGGUCCUCGCCCCCAUAGAUGCCGACAAUCUAGCCAAGAUGAUGUGUGGCAUCACUGAUACGUUAUUCCUCGAGGUUCUGCGGGGAUGGGAUGCCUCAAAGAGGAUCCUGCUUGUGCCUGGCAUGUCAACUCAUAUGUGGGAGAAUCCAGUAACGAAGAAGCAACUGAGCAAACUCCACCGGAAAUGGCACUGGAUUCGAGUUAUGCCACCCAUAUUAUGGCAUUACGAAACAAUGGAUGUCACUCAUCCAAAGAGAAUCGUGAAAUGGGACGCUUUCAACGAGCUGGUGGGAAUCAUCAAGAACCAAGCCGAUCUCCUAUCCCUGGGCCAUGAUGUCGACGUGGCGGCUCAACCUCUAGCGAGCCGGGGAAAGAAAGCAAAUUCAACCUUACCGCCGGAGAUAUGGAGCAUUAUAUUCGAGUACACGAACGAUUGGGAGUUGGCAAAAGCCCUUGAUGUUUUCACCAAUCUAGAAAUGCCGACGAGUCUGGGCUGGCGAUUACAGCCCAGAGACUCGAACGACCCGUUACAAGUGUUUACCCAUGAGCUCGAAUGGACGUUGCUCUCGGCAGAUACCACGGCUAUCUGCAAGAAGCUUUCCGAGGCACCCUCGACGUUCCAUGAUCUGUCCGCGCUAGCGAUUAAGCUUAUCUUUAAAUUUUGCCUCAAAGGAGUGCUCUCAUAUAUCGAAGCGAAUUGUCCACACGUCUUCAAGUGCUUCGACGGGAAGACCAUCCCUACCAAAGCCUCGGCAUAUUACGGCAAAACUGAGAUUCUGGACUGGUGGGCGCGAUCACCUUCUUUCCUCGAGAAACAGUAUGAUGCCGAAGCUCUUGAUGGUGCCUCUAAGAAUGGCUACAUUCAUGUGCUUGAAUGGUGGCGUCGCUCUGGCCUGCCUCUUAAAUAUACCGAGGGAUCUCUCGAGCAAGCGAGCGCCAAGGGGCAGCUCCAAGUGCUGGAGUGGUGGCGUGAGACGUCUCUACAGGACCCUCUGGUUGUGCUCAAACCUGGUCGUUCGCUCCUUGCUGCAGCGCAGUAUGGACAGCUGGAGGUCAUUCAGUGGUGGGCGGACAGUGGUGUAACUGUGGGCCACGAGGAGGGGGUGUGCAAGAUGGCAAGCCGAUAUGGCCAAGUGGGCGUCCUAGAGCUGUGGCGGACGCUUCGUGGUGAUGACAAAAUCAUCUUUGAUGUGACAAUCCUAAUGGAACCAACCACAUUCUCGCAGAUUACUGUGCUGGACUGGUGGAAGAAGUAUGCUCAUGCUGAGCUACCAGGGAUGGAUGGCCGAAAGGCAAAGAAGGUCGAGUAUAAGACCAUGGAUAUCGAAGAGGCAUUAGAAGAUGCUCUAGGUGACCAGACUGCCGUCAGGCGCUGGUGGGCAGAGAACGGGUUGAAUCUCGGCUUAGGGACAAGCGAAUGGAUGAAGUCUCGUUAUUUAUAG